AUGGGCAUUCGCUGGAGUACCACGCGCGACUGUGUAGAGGUCGUAAUGUGCUGGUGUGGAACCGUAAGUCGAGUCGAUCAGGGAGGGUGGGGAUGGGUGGAAAAUGGACGAAACGGAGGACAGGAGGGACAGGAGGGACUAGAGGGAACCAACACCCACCAACACAACGAGGAAAGCAAGGCGUUCGGGCACCAGCGUCAGAUGGAUUCAAUUCGCUGGCUAGCACCUGAUUGUGGCUUGGAGCGAAUGAGAGCAAUUGUAAGGUGGAUGGGAUCCGUGACAGGGAUCAUGCAGCUCUCAAGUCGCACCGGGCCUCAGUUGCUGUCCUCUCUCUACACAAUGGGCAAGAAGAUUUGGUAG